GUAUCUAAUCAUCUUAUUUUGGAUCCAGAAAAAGAAGGGAAUGUUUCACCAUUCAAGUUUCUUGGCGGGAGGUGCCACUCUUGCAGCUGGGCGAUUAACGGCAGAGAAUGGAGUGCUCAAGUGCAUCUGGGCAUAUAGUGGUCAUUACCGUCCAACUGAGGAGAAUCUUAACAACUUCCUAAGCUUCCUCGGUGAGAAUGGGGUUAAUAUAGAAGAAGUUCAGAUCCCUUCAUCAUCAAAUGAAGACUACUAUGAUGACAGUACAAAACAGGAUCAACCAGAGAAGAUUACAAGGUCCUCUCCAAUUUCAAGACCUCCGCAGCUUAUAGUGCCUGUUAAUAAUGUCAUGGUUGACCAAAUCAUUGCAACUGAAGUUCCCCAAAAUGAGCAAGGUGCUGAUGAGAAAGAGAGAAAAGGAAGCAUUGAGAGGACUUUAUCUGGUGGCCUUCAAAGCCCGGUCACAGAAGUCCCGAGAAAGGAAAUUCUGAAGAGGAUUGAGUCAAAGGGGAAAUCAAGGUCGUAUCAGCUGGGACAUCAGCUCUCAUUGAAAUGGUGCACUGGAGCUGGUCCAAGGAUUGGAUGUGUUGCUGAUUACCCAGUUGAACUGAGAGUUCAGGCACUUGAGUUUGUUAAUCUCUCACCAAGGGAUCCUUCGCCUUUGAGUUAUCGACGUCUUGGCUCUUAUAUGUCACCCAGCCGCUCACUUGGAACCCCUCUAUCAUCCAGCCGUUCACUUGGAACCCCUCAGUCAUCCAGCCACUCACUUGGAACCCCUAAGUCUAAUUUCCUUGCUGCUGUUGCUGCUGCUAAUGCUGCGGCUAAUGCCGUCACUGAAGAUGAUCAUCAUGACUCACUUGAAACCCCUCAGUCUAAUUCCCCUCCUCCUGCUGCUGCUGCUGCUAAUGCUGUCACUGAAGAUGAUCAUCAUGACUCACUUGAAAUCCCUCAGUCUAAUUCCCCUCCUCCUGCUGCUGCUGAUGCUAAUGCUGUUACUGAGGAUGACCACCAUGGCUAUGAGAAGUUUUGAUUGAUCUAUGCAAUGACAAGUCAGAAUUCCAACAGGCUUAGUUCCCGAAAAUCUUGGCAUUUCUAGGCUGUGACUGUCUGUGAAUUUAAGUUUCUUAGAGAAGAGAAGAAUGGGGCUUUAAGUUCUACUAGUUUUUUCAGUUUUUCUUUGAUGUCUUCGUAUCUGUUGCUGUUUUCAGUCAGCUGCUUAGAUCCUUUGUCAAUAUAUAUAUAUAUAUAUAUAGUGUUUCUUAGAGUCAUAAUCUGUAACCGUGUGAGUACUCAAAAAGUUGGACCUCAGCAUUAAAAAGAGGCUUUGUAACGAUGUGUUUCUCCA